AUGCCUAGCAAAGGAAAUAAAAGAGGAAGAGGAUCAUCAAGAGGUGGAAGAGGCAGUCGUGGCAGUCGUGGCGGUCGUGGCGGUCGUGGAGGGAGUCUGAGAAGAGGAAGAUCAAGCAACAACAAAUCGAGAAGUGGAUACAACAAUCCCAAAUACAGCUCUUCAGCUCAGCACCAGUCGUUAUUUGACCCAGACUCGUUAUGGAUGCCUACUGGAGAAAUGGCGCAAGCAGGACAUAACUACGGCAGACGGUCGUAUGGGAAAUUAGCUCAGGAAGUUGAGUAUACAGCCCAGCAUCAUGAUCAAACUAUGUCACGAAAGUUACGAGAUAGGCCAGUUGCGUUUGUCAAAGCCAAAGAGAAAUACGACCCAAACGAGCUCCUAUACAAGUUAUCUGAGAAGAAACAAGAGGAUCCGUUCCAUACUGUCAUAGAUGAAGAAUUUAAAAGUAUAUCUUUGGACUCUGGGGAGGAGGAAGAGGAAUCAGAAGUGGAGGUAUAUGACGAAGAAGAUUUUGAAUAUACUACCCAGGUGAACAAGUUGAGCGAUGAGAAUCAGUCUGCUACAGCUUACCCAGAAGAGAAAACACAAGAGGAAAACGCCGAAACCAAUUCAAGUGAAGAAGAAGCCGAAGAAGAUUCAGAGCCUGCACAGGUUCCGUCGCAGUUGGUUGCCGGCGAUGCAUUUGGGGUGGCCGAGCAGGCUGAAGAAGAAAUGGGAUCGAGUUUAAUUUCUUCAGCAAGAGAGGAGAAUGGAAAUACCAACAAUUCAGCUGCUAACCAAGAUUCAGUUCUGACAAAAUCAAAAUUGGCAAUACUGUCUCACACUCAGAGUGCAGAAGAAACAUUGGCCACUGAAGAGAGAGAACAUGGUCGUUCCAAGCACAUCACUUCAGUGUCUGCGGAUGAUUCGUUUGACCAAGGCAGGCAUGAUUACGAAACCCAAGUAAAAUUGCAAGGUGACGAACUAGAUUUAGAGCCAGAUGCGCCAACACAUCAUCCAACGGAGCAAUCAUCUCAAGACAAUUCCAAGGACGAGUUGGAAAUGUUUAUAGACGAUCCAAGAUACACCGAAGAGCAAAAGAUAGUACAGCAAAGUGAAGUUGCGGAAGACGCUGGAACACCACUUCAAACAGACAACGAACUUGAUUAUGGAUUUUUACCGGAAGAUUUCGAGUUUGAUGUUUCGAAAAUCUCAGUCACCAAUGUUCGUUAUGGAAUUAAUAAUCAAUAUUAUGCUAGAUGUCAUGAACUUACGGGAUACGAUCAAGAGUUUGUUUGGAUAGACGAAGACGAAGUGAUUGAUUACGCAUUGUCGAAUGGGGUGAAGGAACAUCGUUUAGCAAAGUUUCUAUCUUAUAUUACAUCAGGAAUGGUUGAUAAGGGUAAAGAGAAUAACGACGUUGACGACGAUCAGGUUUACAUCAGUAGCGAUAGUGAAGAUGAUGACGAUUCAAAUGAUGAUGACGAUGAGUUCGAUAAGGAUCAAGACGACUAUUCAUAUGACUCCGAUGAUAACUUAGACGACUUGAUUCAAUACUCGAAGUCAAGCACACAAGGUCUCGUGUCCAUGCUAGAUCGCGAUUUCUCCAACAACAUUCCAGCAAAGAAGCGACGCAAUUUUGACAAUCUUGGUAUCGAUCAAGAUUUGCAAGAUUCAUUAACUGAACAAAUUAUCAAUUUUCGCAAGCAUAAAAGGGAACAGAUAAACCGCCGUAAUGCUCAAAAAACAGAAGAUGCAAUAUUGAGCCACGAUUUGUUGAUCAAGUACCCUGACUCAUUAACCAUCUCUCAAAUUGCACACGAAUUCACUACUUUCUUACAAGAUGAAUCACGACCCACAUUGAGUUUCCCAACCUUGGAUUCACACGGCCACAAGACCUUGCAGAGCAUGGCAGCUGCAUACAAUAUGCAAACCGACAAAUGCGGCGCACACAAUAUGCGCCACUAUAUCAAAGUAACCAAGACGAGGAAAACUUACAAGACUGUGCCCAAUUUCAAUAGAAUCAACGCCAUUAUGCGUGGUCGACCCAUAUUCCAUCGCAUGGAUGUGAAGCGCGAAAAGAAGAAGGAUAGUAGUGGCGGCAGCACUAAAGGUAAACGUAGUGGUGGUGGUGGUGGUGGUGGAAAUGACUCCAGGGCAAAGUUUAAAGAGGGCGAUGUGGUGGGAGCCGAGGCGCCUGCUCUUGAUCAACUGAAUUUGGGUAGGAUCAUGUUGGAAAAAUUGGGUUGGAGCCAGGGUCAAGGAUUGGGUAAAGGAAAUACCGGUAUUAAUGAGCCUGUUGUAGCUAAGGUGAAGAUGUCAAAGACAGGUCUUCGAUAG